AUGCCUAAAUUGAUAGUCCGUUCCGCCCUAUGGAAUGGAGUCGCCGUCGCGUUGAUUGUGUCGCUUGUGGCGUGCAGCAAUGCGCCCGAAGAUGCACCUGCGGCACAAGCGACGGUUGCCCCGGUCGUCACGGCAACUCUUGCACUCCAGGCUACUGCUGCGCCACAGGCCACAUCGACGUCCGCGCCUGAACCGACCGCGGUUCCAGCUCCAUUGCCGACAGUGCCGAUAUUGCCGGCAGUAGUCGCAGCCACACCAACGACCGUUCCGACGAAUCCUGAGGCAGAGCGGCUGUCCGCGAUAGGAUUGGAGCUUCUUACGGAUUUAACUGCUGACUACAGCCCACGCGAGAGCGGUACGGACGGAGAGCUCGCCGCCGCGGAGUUCAUUGGUAGAUACCUGGAGGAUAUGGGCUAUGUUGUCGAGUUCCAGCCCGUGGAGGUUGAAUACAUACCCUGGAGCGAGGAGUUCGUCUCGCUGAUCGGCGACGGAAGGCCGGACUUGCGAGCGGUGCCGAUGGCGAUGUCAGGGUUGGGCGAUGUCACCGCGCCGCUGGUUUCUGUGGGCAAAGCGUUUGAGGAGGACAUCCCGGAUGAGGGGCUAGAUGGGGUCAUUGCGCUCAUAGAACGGGGCCAGAUUACCUUUGAAGAGAAGGUGAACCGAGUGGCGAAUGCGGGAGCAGUAGCCGCGAUUAUCUACAACAACGAGCGUGGCAACUUCCGCGGCGCGUUGCAAUCCGACGGCCCGAUUCCUGCCGCGUCCCUGUCACUCGAAGAGGGUGAGGAUGUGCUGCAACUCCUUGAAGAUGAAACUGAACUGGAGGCACGGGUCACAAUAGAGAUGUCAUUGCUGAACUCGCAGAAUGUCAUCGCUGAACUCGAUGGCCAGUCAACGGAGUGCGGCGUUGUGGUUAUGGGCGGGCACUACGACAGCGUGGCGGACACGCAGGCGGCGGGCGACAACGGCACGGGUCGUUGCCUCGCUUCUCGUGAUGGCGAGGAGCUUGCUGAGGCGCACAGCGAGGACGAAUCUUUGCCGUACGCAUUGCGGUUCAUAUUCUUCGGCGUUGAAGAGAUCGGACUGUACGGCAGCAGGCACUAUGUUGACAAUCUAAGCGAGCAAGAACAUGGGGAAAUCAUCGCGAUGCUCAACUUCGAUGCCAUGGGUAAGGGGGAAGCCGCAGUAGUUGGCAGCGAUGAUCUCGUGGACAGGGCGAUCAACUACGCGGACGGUAACGGCAUCACAUUGAACCGAAGCAAUGAACCGGCCGGCUUCGGCAGCGAUCAUGCUUCCUUCCUCAACGCGGAUAUACCGGCGCUGUUCUUCUUUGGCGAUGACUUCUCCAUCAUAAACUCGCCGGAUGAUGUGCUGGAAGAGGUCGAGCCUUCGAUAAUGGGCGCAAAUAUGGUGGUUGGAUUGGGGAUGUUGGAAGAGUUCGAGUGCAAGCCACAAGGAUAG